AUGAGGUCCAACGUUCUAUCUAUUCUAGUGAGCUGUCGUGUCGGCCAAUCGGCGUCAACCGAGAUCCACUCGGCUUCAAACCUCCCGGCUUCACAACAACAACUCGUCUACUCUCUUGAUCACAUCAAUGCCUCACCAGCAGAGCUAACUGACGAAAUGCCCACAACAAGCAAAGCUCCCCAGUCCCUCCUCGAAACACCACCAAAACCCACCACUACCGCCACCACCGCCGCAGACCCGCCACCGGUGGACAUCCGGUCCACCCCGGCUGCCCAAACGUAUUCGCACGUCCAUCCAGCUGUCUUACUCGCUCUAUACGCCGUGCGAUUCCCGGCCCUGGUGGCCGACCCCGUCUCGACGCUACUGAGCGAUUUACCCAUUUUUACUGUCUUGCAGGUUGCCUACGUCGUGACCUGUUUGCCGCAGGCCGGAUCAACAGGAAAUGUUGAUGGCGCGGGCGUAGAGGCCGGGAAAAAGGCUUCGUCGCCUUCGGCACCAACAGCAACAACAACAACACCGUCCACACCAUCUACACCAGCUGCUGCGGGCGGAAACACAGUGGCCAAGACGACCAAAACUCCGUAUCGAAAGAAGCACGCGCACGCGUCUUCCAAGAAAGAUGCUAUCUUCAAGAAACUGACCGCGGCAUUCCUCUCCCUCACAUUGACCUUCCUCCUCGGCACGCCCAUCCUAGCAGUUCUCCUCAUCCUCUUCGGCGCUCCCUUCUCAACACACAAUGCCCACACUCUCCUCUGUGCUGCGCAUAUGGCUCUUUUAUCGGUUACACCGCUGGUGUAUGCGCACGGCGUCGAUGGCACGGUCUGGAAACAGGUGUGGGCGUUUCAGCGUCCGGCCGAUGCGGUCUGGGGCGGUGCUUUGGGGGUAUGUGUGGGAGCGUGGUUGGGUGCGGUGCCUAUUCCUUUGGAUUGGGACCGUCCGUGGCAGGCAUUCCCCAUUACAGUGCUAACAGGUGCAUAUCUGGGCUAUGCCGUUGGCCAGCUGGUUGCAAGGACGCCUCUGGUAUACGGCAAAAGGGUCGAGUUUAAUGCGCCGUCAGUAUGA